GUGGCUACAGUCAACGCCUUCCAAAUGCAAGUGCUCUGGGGAAAAUUUUCACUGCUUUACCACUUGGUAAUCCCAUUUAUCAGAUGCUGGAAUUAAAACUAGCCAUGUACAUUGAUUUCCCCUCACAUAUGAAUCCUGGGAUUUUGGUUACCUGUGCAGAUGAUAUUGAACUUUAUAGUAUUAGAGAGUUUGAGUGUAUUAGGUUUGACAAACCUGGCUUUACUGCUUUAGCUCAUCCUUCGAGUUUGACUGUGGGUACCACACAUGGAGUAUUUGUCUUAGAUUCUUUUAGUCACUUAAAACAUAGAGACCUGGAAUACAGAUGUUGCCAUCGUUUCCUUCACAAGCCCAGCAUAGAAAAGAUGCAUCAGUUUAAUGCUGUGUGUAGACCUGGAAAUUUCAGGGAACAGGACUUCAGUAGGGGUGACACUGCUUAUCUUCAGUUAGACUCUGAAUAUGUCUAUACAGAUAGCCUAUUUUAUAUGGAUCAUAAAUCAGCAAGAAAGUUACUUGCUUUUUAUGAAAAAAUAGGCACACUGAACUGUGAAAUAGAUGCAUAUGGUGACUUUCUGCAGGCAUUGGGACCUGGAGCAACUGAGGAGUACACCAGAAAUACAUCAAAUGUUACUAAAGAAGAAUCAGAGUUGGUAGAUAUGAGGCAGAAACUAUUUCAUCUUCUUAAAGGAACACCACUAAAUGUUGUUGUUCUUAAUAACUCCAAAUUUUAUCACAUUGGAACAACUGAAGAAUAUUUAUUUCAUUUUACUUCAAAUAGCAGUUUAAAAUCAGAGCUUCGCUUACAAUCCAUAGCUUUCAGCAUCCUUCCAGAUAUUCCACAGUGGUCUGGUAAAACAUCCUGUAUCAUUCAAAGUAUACUGAAUUCAAGAUGCUCUGUGGCACCUGGCUCAGUUAUAGAGUAUUCCAGAUUGGGGCCUGAUGUGUCCAUUGGGGAAAACUGCAUUGUUAGCAAUUCUAAUAUCAUAACAAAAACUGUCCUACCUGCAUAUUCUUUUGUGUGUUCCUUAAGCUUAAAGGUAAAUGGACACUUAAAGUAUUCAACUAUGGCAUUUGGAGUGCAAGACAACUUGAAAAGCAAUGUUAAGACAUUGUUAGAUAUAAACUUACUUCAAUUCUUUGGAGUCUGUUUCCUGUCAUGCUUAGAUAUUUGGAAUCUGAAAGUUACAGAGGAACUAUUCUGGGGAAGUAAGACAGGUCUGAGUUUGUGGACAGCUCGCAUUUUUCCAGUUUGUUCUUCUUUGAGUGAGUCAGUUACAGCAUCCCUAAAUAUGUUAAAUGCUGUGAAGAACAAUUCACCAUUCAGUCUGAGUAGCUUUAAGCUGUUGUCCAUUGAAGAAAUGCUUGCUUACAAAGAUGUAGAAGACAUGAUAGCUUAUAGGGAGCAAAUUUUUCUAGACAUUAGUUUAAAUAAAAAACAAUCUUAUUAUUCAGAGAUAUCUUAAAUACUAUAUUCUUUGCCUUUCUUUGAACAAGAUUGCAGAUAUCAGAGUUUUCUGUAUACUUUGUUUUACUAUAGUGAAAUACUGAAAAUUGUAUUGCUAUAGCAUAAUAAUAACAAAAAUACAAAUAAACUUUGAUGGAAGAAUAUUCCAAGACUAAGUUCAAAAAGAGAGAUUCUUUGGGAUGUUUUUCACCAUUUUUAAAAGAUGGGUUUCUACAGCACUGAUUUAU